CGAGCUAACAAAAACUUCACACAGAAAUUAAUCACCUCUUGCACACCUAACUUCCUGCAAACUCGUAAGCAAUCAAGAGAGAUCAAGAUGGCAUUCUCAAAGACUUUUCUUCUCGUCGCUCUUGCCUUUGCUGUUCUCCUCAUCUCAGCUGAGGUCUCGGCUCACCGUAAGCUAGCUAAGACUACCCCUACUACUGAGAGCGCCAACACUGAUGAUUUAUCACAUCGCACCCUUGAUCCAAAUCACCCAGCUGUAAAACCCGGCAGAAAAGGAAAAUAUGGUAGACAGGGAGGACGCGGAGGACAUGGAGGGCAUGGACCUCACACUGUUGAGACUGAAACAGAGAACUAGAUGAUGAUGACCGUUUGUACGUCUGCAUGCAGUGGUGUACAUUGCAGGCGUACGUACCUGAUGCAAGGGUAUUAAUAUGGAAUCAGUAGUGGCUUGUUUCGUAAUGAAUAAUAAGUGUGUUUUGGAUGAGCAGUUCUCAAAACUCUCAAUCGAUCACAUCUUUGUAAUUCGAUCCUUGAAUUUCAUGUCAUGAACUAUAUAUGAUCCACCUUAUAUUAAAUGAA